GAAAUCCUAGUCAGUAUGUUGUAACAAUACCAACUUUUACUAUCACUCUCCAAAUGACAGGUGAGUAUUAACAGGCUGUGGGCUUAUAUGUUAUGUAUGUUGAUGGAGGCGGAAAGACACGAGCAAACUGAACUUUACAGAUUAACUCAACAUGUCUGUGGAGAGGUCGAAAUCCUCGCAGUUUACCUUCCAGUCAUCUGUGCACAGUUCUCACGUUCUGCAAUGUCUAAAUGAGCAAAGGAAGAAAGAUCUUCUGUGUGAUGUCACGGUUGUGGCGGAGAACCACAGUUUCCGAGCCCACCGUGCGGUACUGGCCACGUGCAGUGAUUUCCUCAGUGCUCGUGUAUCUGGUAUUACCACGCCCGAAGGACUUGUCAUCAACCUACCUGAUGAGGUGACUGCAGAGGGAUUUGAACCCUUACUGGAGUUUGCCUACACCUCUAAACUUACCUUUACCAAAGAGAACGUGCUUGAACUUCGUAACUGCGCGUCUGUCCUUGGUUUCAAGAACUUGGACAAAGCCUGCUUCGACUUCCUUCUCCCCAAGUUUUUCGACAGCAGCAGAAGUGCGUCCAACAUCCAGAGGAAGCGAUGCUGCAAGACCAAAUGCUGCAAAGGGCGGGAGGCUUUGGUUAGCGGGGAUGACGUCAUCGAUGAAGAUAAAACGAUACUGCAGCCCUCACAGUCUCUACUUCAGGAAAAGGAGGCAUCACGUCCUUCUUCUACGCCUAUUGAGGAUGUAAUAGGAAGUGACAAUGGCCAAACUGAGAAACAUACAACCUACUCCCUCUUAUGUCCCAAAUACAGAAAGUUUCAGAUAGCUUGCGGAAAGGAGCGAUCGUGUCCGGAUGUCUGUGGCUUGGAAUCCGUCCCCACGUCUCUUGCGAGACCAGAAGACAGUUGUCCCCUAAGCUGCCCUCCUUGCUCAAGCAAUGGAGACUGUAGCCAAUCAUCACAAUCUAUUUGUGACUUGGGUAAUGAAGGAAUGUCCUCUGUCUCAGGAACGAAUGAUGUUGCGAUUAACUACAACAGUAACAUUGAAUCUUGCCCAUCGUACCAAAGCGACACCAUUAGGAGCAGAGAAGAGAUAGAAGUAGCCAAACAGCUCACGGUCUGGCCGGAUGUUUGUCCCACCCAGGCGUCUCCGUCCAACCUAGACAUGGUGGAGAAAACUUCCAGGUGUCAAAUGAACUGUCACCUGGAUCCAAUGACAAUGGAGUGUCCGUUUCUGCAGAGCUUUGGCGCUGUGGGUGCUCAACUACACCAUGUUGAUGUCGGAGCCACGUCACAGGGUAGUCCUUACAUGCACUCCAACCAAUCAGGGGAGGACUCUGAUAGUUUUGACACGGAGGGGGACAGUGAGUCUUACAGCAAUGAAAAACUAUCUGAGAUGGCUCUGCCGUUCUCUGUAGAGCAGAUCGUGUCGCUGAACAGGAAUGACUUUCAGCAGAUGCUGAAGCAGCAGUGCUUGACGCGGGAGCAGCUCGAUUUCGUGCACGACAUCCGCAGGCGGAGCAAGAACCGUAUUGCGGCCCGUCGAUGUCGCAAGAGGAAACUCGACUGCAUUUACAACCUCGAGUGUGAAAUUCAAAAGCUGCGGAACGAACACGAUAAGCUGACGGCCGAAAGGAUGCAGCUGAAUCAGAUGAAGCUAAAGACCUGGCAGUGUUAUUCCGGUCUGUAUGAUAGGGUUUGUGCCGAAGCAGCCCUCAAACCAGAGCAACUUCAGGUGCUGGCCAAAUAUUCCUCUCCAGACUGCCCACUAUCAGCCUUCCUCUGCCCCUCCUCAGACCUCUCUCAGAGCCCCGACCUCCAGCCCCUGACUUCAGGCUACUCCCAGCAUUUCUCUGCACGCACCUGCUGCUCUGAAGCCAACGCACCUGUCGGUUCCUUAAUAGAAACCACAGCUGGUGUUUCUCAAUCAAGCUUUAUAAACCUCUUGCCUACAAGGCCCACCGAAUCUCAGUCACAAACCUGUCAGGCUAACAGCUCACCUUCAGAGAAAACUGCGUGCGGUUCAAUCAUAAAACUUAGCACGGAUCUCAUCAACAACCAGGAAACGGACGAAUAACCAAACAGAUGCAGGUUGAAGGACCACAAAAACUCAAUGAAGAUUUUAUUUUUGUAUAAAUCACGCAAACUCGACGCAGGUACAUUUAACAAAUGUGAUAUCACUACUGUUCUUGUGUGAUCGCAUGUUGUACAUCUGAUCUUUCUUACUCAGCAUACACUUUUGUGUGCACUGUAUGUGAGGUAUUUCUCCACGUAAAUCAAUCAUGUUUUUAGUCUUAACACACACAUCAACAGAACACUUAAAAUAGUGACCCUGCCUGUGAAAACCCAGCUAAAGUCAUUUACUGUUUUCAACAUAAAAUCAUUCGGUGAAAAUAUAACCUUGAUAUCUUUAAUAUUGACUUAGGUCAUGUCAAAGAUUGAAAUGAAAAUGAAAUCAAUAAUUGAAAUCGAACUUUAAUGCUCAUAAUCUCAUUUAUUUAUGAGACUUUAGUCUAGAUUGCACAGACAGGGUCACAUUUAAUCUGCCUCAAUUCACAGGAUAAAGAUUUCGGGACUCGUACACAACACACCUCAAUAUUUCUCUCAAUAUUUUCUUUAUGUUCUCAGGGUGACACUGCAUUCCAGGUAAUAGGUGCUGUAAUAGGAACCAAAUAUCUGUUUUGUUGAAGCUGUGACGUUAACCAAAUCAUAUAUUAGGAGAAUAUUUACUGUCUUAAAGUGAAUGCUGAGGUGUCAGAACUGCACAUGCUGUAGUUUCUUUCAAUUAUUGGUGUAAAUGAAGAUGAUGUACAUAUUACAGAUUUACAAACUGGAUAAUUCCACUCUUCAUUGCUUGGGCCCAAUUUAUAUAAUCCCUCGGUUUCACAGACAAGGCUUAAGACUAGUCCUAAACUAAAACACAUGUUUAAACUGUCUCAACUGAAAAUAACUUGCACUGACGGAGCUUAAAAAUUGCAACUACCUUUGAUUUGUCUUAAGAUACACAAUAAUUAGGGCUGUCCAAAAAUAUCGAUACAGCUAACUAUCGUGAUACAUUUUUUCAUGAUAGUGUAUCAAUAUUUCUACUAACAAUAUUUAAAAUUCAAAUCCCUCUGUGUGCGUCAAAUGACCUCCGCCGCCACUGUAGUUGUCGCUGUCCAUUUGUCUGUCAUAUACGACCAUUCGGCCAAUGUUUCAGAAGUUAGCGGGAGUGAGAAAAUGGCAGAAAAUUUUUAAAAUGCCUGCAGCUUUCAAAGCCGACGUGUGGACGCACUUUGGCUUUAAAAUUUUUUUUUUUUACAUUUUUGAUAAAAAAAGAAAAAGUAUUGCAAUGCAUCGUAACGUGCAACGUAUUGUAUCGUAUCGCGAUACAUUGUAUCAUGCAUCGUGAUACGUAUUGUAUCGUGAGGCCCUUGCCAAUACCCAGCCCUACCAAUAAUGUCUUUUUCUAAGGCCUGUUUAUAAAA